GAUCGGAACACCUUCCCUUGACGCACAGCGCGUAACACACAAUCCAUUUAGAAGACCUCGUCGAACAUUGCUGGCGCAUAUUCACAGGCGCAUCUUCCAUCUGCGGAUCUUUGUCCCUAUCGUGAGCUGCUGAUGAGCACGGUCCCUUUGCGCGCAACGCACCCUAAAGGGUUAUGCCACGAAAGCAGAGAGUUAGAAGACCGGGCUCUCUCACAGACCUACAACCGCUACGCAUACUCACACAGAUCGUACUUUUGCAGGUAGCAUAUUAUGCGUCUGCAGCAAUAUUGAUCCUUUUUACCGCACUUGUGGCCGGAAGACCAGUCCGACUCGAUCUUCUCCUCAGCUGGCACAGUCUCAGAGGCGACACAACCGUUGGAUGGACGCUUGGCUUGGUGUGGAUGCUUAACAGCCUUUUCACCGUGGUGCCCAUACUCCUUCUCGUUGCACGCUCGAAGCUCGUUCUUGACUUUGCAUUAACCAUCCACUUCUUGCAUCUCAUUGUCACAUCUUUAUAUACACAUGCCAUACCGUCCUACUGGUUCUGGUGGGCGCUUCAAGCAGCUAGCGCGGGCUUGAUGGCAAGUCUCGGGAUCUGGGCAUGUCAAUGGAGAGAGCUUCGCCCGAUCAGCUUUGGCGGACGACCGAUUCUGCCAGCGGUAGAUAACAGUGAACAGACUGACCCAGAGGCUGCCGAUAACGGUGAAGGUUUCGUUCGAGGUCGUGGCCGAGGAAGAGGCAGAGACGGCUCUGGCGUUUACGAGAUGGUGAGCAUAUCUGAACAAAGCGAAAGCACUGUUUAGAAAUGGGAGAUAAUGUAUAACUACUGGAGAAAAGAAUCUUUGCAUAGCAAGGCGUUUUGCGGGCAUUUGUAUGAUCUCUAAGGGUAUUUAGCGAAGACCACAGAGUGGUAGAGACAAUGUUAGACGUUAGUUACGUCAUAGAAUUAUGAAUUGCUAAAUUCGUAAACCAUGAGGAAUAGACCACAGCCUGAAGUGACGGCGGCAGAAUGGGAUCGAUACAAACUGGAGAAGAGGACAUAUAAAGGGAAAAUUAUGUUGAUAACGGGAAUAACCAAGCCUGCUGAGGGUCCAGAAGAAGAGACUGGUAGUUAUAAUGCCUU